UAGAGUGCAUACUACCAUAAACUAGUGUGUAAUGACAGCUUUGCACGUACACUAUAAGGAAGCUUGAGUUUAGUCUGGUUUAUUUAGGCAGAUAAAUAGUGUAAACACAGCUCCUUCAUCACACUGUUUUGUGUGCUUUCUUCCUAUCUCAGGUGUAAACAGACCACACUGACAAGCUGCUCCUUUACCUGUUAUACCUGAGCAGUAUGGAGCACUUAACACACUCUAAUAGGAAAUAUAAAGACGUGGACUACUGGAAUGAACGGUACAAAACCGAAGAGACUUUUGAGUGGUUCGGGGACUUCCCUAAAUUUCGGCAUCUUUUGGUCCAGCAUGUGGGCAAAGAGGAAAACAUCCUGAUGUUGGGCUGUGGGAACAGCGCUCUAAGCUUGCACCUGUACCUGGCUGGCUACACGACCAUCACUAACGUGGACUACUCAAAUGUGUGUGUGGAGAACAUGGCCCAGCGUCAUUCAGAUUGCAUGGGCAUGAGUUGGGUGUGCAUGGAUGCCCGUCGUCUGGCUUUUCCUGAUUCCUCAUUUGACGUGGUCAUAGAAAAGGGCACGUUGGAUGCCAUGCUUGUGGAGGAACAAGACCCCUGGAACAUUUCAGAUGCCAGCACCCAACUACUGCACAAAGUACUCAAAGAGAUCAGUCGGGUCCUGAAGCCUGGAGGUCGUUUUGUGUCAGUGACCUUUGCGCAGCCGCACUUCAGGAAGAAAUUGUACGCUCGAAAAGAGUACAGCUGGUCUAUCAACCACUAUCACUAUGGUGACAGCUUCCACUAUUUUCUAUACGUUCUUACCAAAGGGGAGGAGCUUAGCCAAGAAGAUGCUGCAUUGGAGAGAAAGGUGCUUUCCCAGAUGGAGGACCAGCCCACUGUGGUCAUUUUUCAGGAAGUUGAAAAUGAGGACUUCCUCAAUAACAUUGGCCUAUAAAAGAACGCAACACUGAGCUAGCCAGUAUACUAAGACCAAUGGUGGUUUUUGUUUAUUUUAAAUGUUUUAUUGUGGAUUCAUUGUGGCAGUGUUAUAUGGAAUGUCAUGAAUUUUUUAUUUGAUUAGAAAAUUCUCAGGUCCUUGAAAUCUGUAUAUGAUUUCAGAUUUGUAUAAAUGUGAUGUGUAAAGCCAUGUGAGAUAUCAUUAGAUUUAAAUUUUAGAUUCAUAAUUUUCUGCCCCAUAAUAAUAUUUUAUGCAAUAUUUUUAUACAUUUUUUUUUUAAUAAUCUGAAAAUAUUCUUCUCCUUUCCAAUGUCUCUCUUAAUAUCAUGAUUUCUUCAUGCAUGCUUUUUUUUACAGUCUGGCAUAAGGUCCUAUGUGCUGUGUUAUGGAUAUAUAAUAGGCUGAACUCAUCUGACAUAUUUACACUCAUACAGAGGCAGCUCUGUCACAGAAUAAUCACAAAAACAAACCGUUUCAUUUGCUAUUUUCAGGGAACACAUCCUAUUGUAAAUGAGGUUUAAAUUUUGUGCUGGCCACCAAGACUUGGUGACAGUCAUUAAUAAACCAGAAAUCAUUUAUUUUUAAUUUUGCUCUGAAAUCUAAUUACUAGCUAUUUUUAAAGUCUGGAAAAAAGGUGCCCACAUUUCAGAGCUUCCUGUGCUGAUGUGCUGCAGGAUUGUAGAACUUAAAUUCAUCUUUUAAUCGGAAGAGCUGUUACUUUUAACAACCUUUUAAUGCGGUAAAACAGUGUUUAGAUGAUACAAGCUCAGUUAGUGUAAAUCCCGUGGUAAACAGUAUAUCUUGGCAAAAUUGAAACAAUCUAUUCAUGUGAAAAUUUGUAUUGCAUCAUCUUAUUCUUAAUGUGUAAUUUGUAAUCUAUAAAUCUUCUUAGGCUUCUUAAAAAGAGAUGUUGGAAGUUCUAUUUUUUUUUUAUCUUUCUGGUAAACGAUGGUGUAUGAAAUAUUUAUUACUAUAUGAAAAAUCUAAUCAAAUUGAGCACAGCCAUAUUUCCAUCUUAACCACGUAAGUGUGGCAAAGUAUCUCAGUUGGUCCUAAACAGGCUAUAUGUUGUGUGUGUGGCCUUAAAUCAUGCCUAAUCAUUUGGGUAAUUAACCAUGUUAUACUGUAACACUUAGCAUUCAUUUGUUGGUUAAGAGCAGUACUGAGGUGCAUGUUGGCAAAAUGCUAUUAUUUGCAAACAAAUGCUAUUGAUUUGCCUAAUAAAUAUUUUAGCUGUGUUGAGCAGUUCAGCAGUCA